AUGUCGUACUUUUUCGCGACCCCCGUCGAUAUCGACAUUGUCCUCGACGAUGCCGACGACCGAUCCAUGGUCGACGUCAAGCUCGACAAGAACCGCCGCGAGAAGGCGCCCCUCUUCAUGGAUGGCGAGUCUGUCAAGGGCGCCGUCACCGUCAGGCCCAAGGAUGGCAAGAGGCUUGAGCACACCGGUAUCAAGGUUCAGUUUAUCGGCACGAUAGAAAUGUUCUUUGAUCGCGGAAACCACUACGAGUUCCUCUCCCUCAACCAAGAGCUCGCCGCGCCCGGCGAGCUCCAGCACCCCCAGACCUUUGACUUCAACUUCAAGAACGUCGAGAAGCAGUACGAGUCGUACAACGGCAUUAACGUCAAGCUGCGCUACUUUGUUCGCGUCACCGUCUCGCGCCGCAUGGCCGACGUGAUCCGUGAGAAGGACAUUUGGGUCUACAGCUACCGCAUUCCUCCCGAGAUGAACAGCAGCAUCAAGAUGGACGUGGGUAUUGAGGACUGCCUUCACAUCGAGUUCGAGUACAGCAAGUCCAAGUACCACCUCAAGGAUGUCAUCGUCGGCCGCAUCUAUUUCCUGCUGGUCCGCCUCAAGAUCAAGCACAUGGAGCUGUCCAUCAUCCGGAGGGAGACGACGGGCGCCGCCCCCAACCAGUACAACGAGAGCGAGACCCUGGUGCGGUUCGAGAUCAUGGACGGCUCACCGUCGCGCGGCGAGACCAUUCCCAUCCGACUAUUCCUCGGAGGCUUCGACUUGACACCUACGUUCCGCGACGUCAACAAGAAGUUUUCCACGCGCUACUACUUGAGCCUGGUUCUCAUCGACGAAGAUGCUCGACGGUAUUUUAAGCAAUCUGAAAUCAUCCUUUACCGCCAAGCCCCUGAUGCCGCCCCUCUCCCCAACGCGGGCACCCACGCGCUGGCGGCGCACCCAGAGAACAAGCAGAUAGGCGCUGUUCAGGCAUAG